AUUUUUAAUAAGAUAAGAUCUUGUGCUAUACAUAGCUAAAGCUGUUUCUGGAAGAUCAAGAUAGUGUUGUGCCAGAUUCUGUAGUUAUAUCGAUGGUUUAUGGUGCCCAAGUAUCCCGUUACAAAUAGAGUAUUUUUAGUGUAGUAAUUUAAAGUUGAAAUGUUUUUUCGGAAUAAACAUUAGUAGGUCCUUGGUUAUUUUUUUGUUGACGUGUAGGUCCUUAAAUAUUAGUAAAUAGGUACAUAGUAAUAACUUUAAAUUGUAACUUAAACGUACCCCCAAAUGUAGGUAACCUAAUUUCCUACUACAAAAACGUUACCUACAAACUAACAUUGACCGCUCCAAGACUUGAACCUGGGACUCCCAAUAUCCACAAUGCAACCUAUCUUAUUAGUGACGACUUAGUACCAUUGCAGUUCAAAGUUCUCUAGUGCAUGACGUAUUCCAAUUAAUAUAAAUUGGCAAACCCAACCCUGGUAAAUGUCAGUAUUGGAUCUUGCCAAAGCGUUGGCCAAUACGCUCAAUUGGCACCUCACCAACUACGAACAAACUAUAGAGAGCAUCCUAAAAUAACUGACACUAGUCUCUUUACCUAUCACAUGUUGGGGAAGUGAUAAGUGAUUUUGUGGUGAAAGUGAUAAGACGAAACUGAUCGUGUCAAUUUACGUUUUAAAUCCUCAAAUAGAAGCACAAAAUACAUAAAAAUGAUUACAAACAAAAUGAGAACCAACGUGAAACUUGCGAAAUUAUUCUACAAAUACCUAGACGAGCCCAAAGACAACAAAGAGGAAGCUGCGUCCGCGCCGGAACCAGAGACAACCGCGAAACCGGAAGUCAAAGAUUACGAGUCCUACCCGCCGUACAACUUCUCAUGGUUCAUAGAGAAUAAAGUGGCUGCCAUGGGGUGGCCGCAAACGGUUGAGAAUUUGAAUUAUUUGGCCGAUGUUGGAGUUGACCACCUAAUUACGCUGUCACCUGAGCGAAGACCACCGAUCCUGGAAUGCAAGAAGAAAUUGAAAUGGUCGGAGAUUAGAAUAAAGGAGUUCGGGACGCCAAAUCUAAAGCAGAUUUUGAAGUUCAUCGAGAUAUGCGAGAGAGCAGAAAUUAGAGGGGAGGUGAUCGGAGUGCACUGCCGGCACGGGCGCGGUCGCACGGGCACGAUGCUGGCGUGCUACCUCGUGCACUUUCGCGACAUGGCACCGGAGCGCGCCGUGCUCACUGUGCGCGUGCAGAGGCCUGGUUCCUGCGAAACGUACGAGCAAGAAAAAAUUGUCUGCCAUUACCACGACUGCAUGCGCGGCACGAUAUCCAAGCCGGACUAUCGAUUGGUCGAAGACAAACUAUACUUCGACUAUUCCAUGAAGUACAACUACAGCGAUGACGAAGAAUCUACCAAAAGUGACGACGAAAACCUGAAGGAGUUGGCAGAUUUAAAAAUAGAAGAAAAACAAGUGGUCGAGACUCUGCAGUUGAAGAAAAGGAAAAAAUCAAAGGCCAUGGUUAUAAAUCAUCACAUUUAUUUUUAAGUGUAUGGUUAGUAACAAUUAUUAUUUGGUUAUAGUAAUUACAUACAAGAUACACGUGUACUGAGUUCGUUAUUAUUUAAGUUUAGAAAAACUUAAAUACUUAAUAAAGAUCAAUUAAUAGCACAUAAUUGUGUGCUGUUAAGUUUGAAAAAACUUCAUCAUCAAAUCAUGACAAAAUAUAGGUAAUAACAAAUUAAAAAGUAUAAUAUUCCUAAAAUAAACGUAAGUUUUGAAACAGACUAUCACUUUAUUCUAUUACAUUUACAAGAUUCAACUUUUGUCCAUAUCUAAAGAUAUUUUUAAACAAUUUAACCUAUUUUAUUAGAAUCAAGAAUUUAAUACCUAAUAAUUAAUUUAAUAGUAGUUGUUUAUUAAAUGAACAUCUUACAACAAAUAUGCCACAAUUUUUGUACCUACCUACUUGAAUAACAGUGGUUUAGUUAACGCAAGUCUAUGCAAGUUAAAUAUUUUCAUUUUAGACUCUGAAAUUACUUUUACAUAAAGUUUUACGACAAUAGGUAGCCUAACGGUUCAAAUCAAAUCAAAUCAAAAUCAUUUAUUGCAUAAUGUAGGUACAUAUAGAUCACAUAAAAAUGUAUAUUGUUCAGCUACAUCAUACCAUAUCGGCAUGCAACAGUAUCGGACUGCAGAUCCGAGGAAUGCUUUUCUUUCGACCCCUCCGACCAACUAUUGUGGAAUACACCGCUCCCAAAACAACAAAAGAAACGUCUCUAAAAGAGCAGGUAAUAGCUAGGUACUACGUGAAAAAUUAACCUGAACGAAAAACCUGAAGAAAACCCCCUGAACAGGAACGCUUUAAAAGAAACACCUGAGAAACGAAUUUAGCAGAAGUAAAUCCAAAAUGUUAAGCAAAAUGUCUGACCUAUAAAACAAAGCAAA